GGUCGGCGCGGUCUGUAUCCAUGACUGACAUUCUUUCUCGUUUGUCCGCUCUUGAGGGAACGUCUGAAGGGCCGGCAAUCCCCUUGGCGGCAGUGGAUACACACGCUAUAGAGGAGGAUGUUGUCGGGACAGCAGCUGGGGAAAUUGUGGCAAACUGGCCGGCAGAAGCGGGCCAGCUAGCGUUGGUGGUCCAGCCUCCUGAAGCGGAGGGUGCUGUGGGUCGUCAGGAGAGGGUACGGAUCCUCAUCUGUGGCCACAGCAUGAUCUUCUGGGCGGCGCACCAAGCGAGAAGAUCCUGGAUCGGGUCCCAGCUUGGACUCAGCCGGUGGGCUACCAUCGAGUGGCAGGGCAGAAGAGGCCUACGUUGGGCGGGGCUGCUGCCACUCUUGUUUGAGGGGAGGUCCGCCCCUCCUCCUCAUAUUCUGGUAGUUCAUCUUGGUGGGAACGAUCUGGGGCUAAUGAAAGGGGUAGCCCUUUCUUGGCAGGCUCGGGACGACUUCUUGGAAAUCAGGAAGCGAUGGCCCGGCUACUCCACAUUGAAGGUCCAUGUCUGCUUUUUAGGGCCAGAUUACACUUUUGACAUUUCAACUGUCAGUUCCCAAGUUCAUGCUAUCACGAUCAGCACCAUGGACAGAUCUGAAGGUUCCAUAGUGGAUUCUGUCCACAUCACUCACAUCCUAUAG